AUGGUUCUUACAGAAGCUGAGACUCUCAAGCUAAGAGCUGAAUGCAAUCGUGUCAAAGAAACAUGCGAUGUAGAUGAAAAGCAAGCGAAGGAGUUGGAAAAGAAGAUGACAGAGCUUGCUGAAAAAAGCAAAGUUGUGGAUAGAUUAGUUGCCGCUAUGCUCAAAUUGGCAAACAAUUCUAUUGUGAAGGAAGAGGUGGUUUUUUCAUCUCAAUCAAUGGUCUCGGAUGACAAAGAAAAUAACAAAUAG